AUGAAGACCAACAAAAAAGGAACCGAUGGACAAGCCCAAGGUUCAGCCGACUUGCGAUUUUCUGAUCUGUCAAUAAAUUUCGCAUACAGUGGUUUACGCGAACAGGGCUUGUUGAUCACGGAAAUCAAACCACCUCACAAGAUAAGGACUGGAAGCAGACCAGAUCUGGUGAAGCUCGCCAACGAGAUGAAGGCGUCGAUCGACAAGAUGGUGGAGGAUGGCUGUGAUGACAAAGAUAUAGGCAACUAG